AUAUCAUAUAGUUGGCGGCGCUGAGUAACUGCAUUGAAGGAGCCACAAUCGCUUGUUUCUUUGUUACGAUUGCUAUAUAUUUAUAUUUCUGAAUUGAAAGGUAUAAUCUCUUUGUCUAUCAUUGCAAUAGAGUCCAGCUCGAAAUAUGGCCAAAACUAAGACGAUUAGCAAAGGAUGUCCCAAGUGCGAACAACAGGUACCUGUUGCCUGUAAAGCUUGUCCCUGUGGACAUUCCUUCUUCAAUGCACGGCGCAAUUCCAUCAAAAGUCCACCAAGUCCUGAUGGUGGAGUGAUGAAGACAAGGAGAACUAAUCGUAUUAAACGCGAGAAACCAAAUUAUUACGAUGCUUUGGAAUAUGACAAACAGACAAAAAAAAAUACCAAAAUCAGACGGACUAUAGAUACUGCAAAUGAUAUUGAUUGUCGGCAGUUGAACAAAAAGAAGAAGCGGAAAGGAAAGGGAAAGGGCAAAAGUGGCAGUAAUAGUGGAGUAGGUGAUGAUGAUGAUGAAAUGGAUGGGAUCAAUGGUUUAUCUCCAGAGAAACAACUCACUUGUUCUCUCAUAUUGCAAGAACUGAACAACAAAAUGAGAGUGGUAGCUUGGAAGCCUACAUGAAAUUAAAAUUAGAUACAGAUACAUGCGUAUCUCUUUGACAAAUCUGACAUCAGUUCAACACGAUUGCUUUACUACGUACAGUGGCGUAGUGAGGCGCAAAUAAAACAAAGGUAAGCAGUGUAAUGCGAGUUCCUAUGGCAUCGGAAAUUUACCGAUAUACAUCGAUUUCAGUCCCUAUACAGAUUUAUCUACAAACAUAAUUAACUGCCAUAAAAAGUCUCUAAUCAAUUUAAUAUUCUUUAUGUUACCAUGCUAUUGUGGAUUAUUAUUCAUUGAUAAUUGUGAUUAUCUCAAAACUGUUGUAUAUGAGAUAUAUAGACUUGUAAUUUUAUUGUUUUGCAUUCUCUUGGCACAUUCAUACUGCCUAUAUUUGUAUCUCACAAAUUCAGAAUUUUAUUCAUCCGAUAUUAAAAUUACAUAUAGUGAUGUAAUUGUUACGUCAGACUUGUAAUCAUGACUGCCAUAUAUAGCUCUUAAUGGAAUACAAAUACAGACUUUAAAGUUUACAGACAUCACAGUUUAACAAAAUCUUCCAAAUCUAUUUUAUAGCAACCGUUAUACUUACCUAUUAAGAAAAUUAAAAAUACGUAAAAGUCAUGACCUAAUGUGUACUUUACUUACAUAAAUACAUAGAUUUAUCUGUAAAAUAAUUUUUUACAUUUGUCAUCGUCGUUUUAAAUGUUGUGUACAAUUCUCCAAAAUAUCAAUUUCGUAUACGUAUAUAUUAAGGGCUGAAUUAUGGUAAUAAAGAUUU